GGCGCCCACGGCACACACCAGCACCACGCCCUCUUCCCUCGUGGCUCAAGUCAGUUUCGAGACAGCCUGCUGCCGACCGCGACGUCGCGGCCUCGACGCCUGCCCUUUCGGCGCUCCCCCCCCUCGCCACGCCGACCGGCAUGUCCACCACGAAGCCUGCCCCGAAGGCCGGGGGCGACCCGGCCCCAGCGCCAGUGACCGUUGCCAGCAUGGCGCCCCUGCCGCGCGGCGGGCAGCCCGCGGCGGCGCCUGCCGCCCCCGAGGCAGCCGUGGCCCAGGCCGGUGCCGCCGACCCGCCGCUGAAGCCCAAGCCGCCCCCAGCCAAGGGCAGGACGGAGCUCGAGGCGCCCGCCAGGCCCGUCGCCUCGAUGUUCGAGAAGCCGGCGCCCUCCGCGGCGGAGCCGAAGAAGGGCCACGCGGACACCCCGGGCGGGCCCACCAGCAGCCACGACCCCGCCGCGACGCCGCAGAGUGGCAAGGCCGCCUCGCUCGUGCCCGGGGCUGCCGUAGCCAGCAAGGCAGCGACAGCCGCGGCACCUGCCAAGGCGUCUGCCCCCGUGGCGCGCACCUCGGCCGCCGCCGUGGUCACGGAGGGGCAGAAGCACAUCACUUCCAAGGAGCGCAUGGCAGCCACGGGCUCCGUGAUGGCGGCGGGCUCUGGCGCCCAGGCCGAAGUUCCCAAGGCCCCACCUGCGGCCAAGGCGAAGGCCUCCGCCGCGGCGCCCUCGGCCGCGGCCGCCGCGCCCACCACCGCGGCAGCGGCGCCCCCUGCCGCGGCCGCCUCCGCGCCCAAGAGCGUGCUGCAGAUGGUCACUGGGAAGCCGGAGCCGGCGCUGGUCUCGGGCACGGGCUACCCGAAGGCGCAGCCCAGCCUGGCAUCCGAGACCAUGGGUCCUGCUCGAGCGUACGCGAAGUCGGCCGCGGCGGCCGUCGCGGCUGUUCCAAAGAGCGCCGGGGUGCCGCAGGAGGGGCCCGCGGCGGUGGCGGUCGGCCGUGCUCUGGCCGCUGGUGCCGCAGGCGUCAGCACCUCUGGCAAGAAGCCCACGGUACCGAUCGGCAAGAAGUACCAGGUCGUCUUCGUGACCAGCGAGGUCGCGCCCUUCUCCAAGACUGGCGGCCUGGGCGAGGCCAUGGACGGCCUUCCCGUCGCGCUCGCGGCGCUCGGGCACCGCUGCAUGGUCAUCAGUCCGCGCUACGACCAGUACAAGGACGCUUGGGACACGAGCUUCUGGAGCUCCGUCACGAUGGGGGGGAGGCAGGAGCCCGUGCACUUCUUCCACUCCUUCAAGCAGAAGGUAGACUACGUCUUCGUGGACCACCCUACUUUCCUUGAGCGCGUCAAUGGUCUGUCCGGCUCCAAGUUGUAUGGCCCGGAGUGGGGCAAGGACUUCGCCGACAACCAGUCUCGGUUUGCAUAUUUCUGCAAGAGCGCGCUGGUAGCCAUGAAAGAGUUGCCUUUGGCAGGCUACCCGUACGGCGAAGACGUGGUCGUGGUGGCCAACGAUUGGCACAGUUCCCUCGUGCCCAUGUUUAUCGACGCCGAGAAGUACGCAGACGCGACCGCCUGGAAGAACACCAAGACUUUCUUCUUGUGCCAUAACGCAGUAUUCCAGGGCCGCUUCGAGCUGGAGCCGGGUUUGGCAGAGGUCUUCGGUGUGCCACAGGAGUAUAUUGACAGCAUCACUUUCCAGAUGCCCUUGAAGGUCGGCAAGUACAACAAGAAGGUCAAGGUGGUGAACACAAUGGCAGCGGGCCUCCGAUACUGCGACCGGGCGCUCACCGUGUCGCCCUCCUACGCCUCCGAGUGCGCCGUCGACGCAGAGAAGGGCGUGGAGCUCGAGCACCUCUUCGCCAUGGCCAAAGUGACUGGCAUCCUGAACGGCGUGAAGGAGGGAGUGUCCCCAGAGGAGCCCAACUUCGUCACCAAGACCAAGAUGUGCUGCGGCACCUUCAAUGCCACCACAGUCGACGUGGCCAAGGCGCAGCUGAAGGCGGCGUACCAGCAGGAGUGCGGGCUAGGUGCCUCCCCGGGCCCCAUGAUGUGCUUCAUCGGCCGCCUGGACGCACAGAAGGGCUACGACCUGCUGCUGGAGAGCCUGAUGGAGGUGCUCGAGGACACCGAGGUGCAGGUGGUCAUCGUGGGCGCCGGCCGCGCCGACCUGGUGGCACAGACCAAGGCGGUGGAGAAGAAGUUCCCUGAGAAGUUCUACUACGCCGGCUGGAUGGGCCCGGAGCGCUACGCCCUGCUCGCCGGCUGCGAGUACACGCUGCUGCCAUCCCGCUGGGAGCCCUGCGGGCUGGUGCAGAUGGAGGCGAUGCGCAUGGGCACCCUGCCCAUCAUCGCCCCCACCGGCGGCCUGAAGGACACCGUGGAGGACGGCGUGAGCGGCCUCUGGACCGACGCGGAGAUGACCGUGGAGGCCGAGCUGGACGACGCCUCGAGCGAGUCUAUCUCCAAGGCGAUCCGUCGCGCUUGCGAGAUCCACACGAGCACUCCGAAGAAGGAGGUCGAGAUGAUGAGGGCCGCGAUGGCGGCCGCUGCGGAAUUCACCUGGACCAACUCAGCGCUGCAGUACGAGGCCAUCUUCGAAGAGGUCGGGGCCGUGGAUGUCCUCGCGGCCGCAAGGGAUAAGACGGUGACACUGGAGACGGACAAGCAGCUCGCGCUGUGGACGGAGUUGGACAGGGACGGAGCGGCGCUGGAUUCUGCUCGUGGCUGGCCUGCCGUGGCGGCCAGCUCGAGGUGGGCAGGCGUGGGGGAGCCCUCAGGCGUCCUCGAGCGAGCGGAGGUCUACGCCCUGCUCGACGACGUGGCGCUGAGGCACGGCCACCUGGACCCCCUGCCCCAAGACUUUGCGGAGUCGAUAUUCGUGGAGUUCGACCUGCACAAAACGGGCACCUGGAGCUGGAACGACUUGCGGCUGCUCGGCGGGAACGAGUACGCCAAGAUCAAGAGGAAGCUCCACCGCCACCGCAUCAAGGCCGCGGCCAACACCCACCGAAGCCGCCCAGGGAUCGGCGGCAAGUCCGUGCCAGUCAAGAAGGAGCAGACCUUCGCCGAGAGCGUGGCCUCCCUCGUGGGCGCCGCGGCUGGCGCCGGCGCGGCCGCGGCGCCCGCGCGGCUCCCGGCGAGCGCGCCGCAGGGGCCGCAGGAGACCGUGGAGCUGAUCCUCCACGUCAUGCGUGUGCAGGGCCUCCUGGUGCCCGCCGGGUCGCUGCUCUGGGACCCGCGCGUGGAGGUGCGCGUGGUGCGCGGCAACCCCCACCAGGGCGCGCAGGCCGACAGGCGGGACCUGGCCUCCCUGGAGGGGCCCUCCGUCGCGAGCGCGCACACCGAGAGCGCCAACGCCGCCACCAUGGAUCCGACGUGGUCCGACUCCGUGCGCCUGUCCUUCACCCAAGAGAGGGGGCUGUACGUGCACGUCGUGGUCGCGGACACCACUCCGAUCGUGGGCCUGGGCCCGCUGGCGGACUUUGCGACGCCCCUGGGCGACGCCCUGCGCGAGCACGAGUCGCCCAGG